ACAUUACUCCGAGUUCAUAUAAAAAAAUGUCAAUUUGAAGUAAAUUAAGUUUGAUAAAGUUUGUAGUUUUGAAGUCGGCGAGCAAUUUGCCAGCUUUUUCUCUCAUUCAAGACAGGCGGACCAUUUUGUGCGCGCGCGCUUGAGCUUGAGCUUUAACCCAACUCCAGACCUGCAGCGCGGAGUGUAGACCUUCUGAGCGUCGAAGCUUUUGCAAAGGCAGCGAUAGAUGGAAAGAGAAGAGGAAGAAGAGGACAUCGUUUGUUUAGAUGCUUCAUUCUUUAUGAACAAUGACUAUCAGCUCACCACGUUUGCAUUCGGGUCCCAUGAGAUUGAACUCCUCUGUCUUCAGUCUGCUUCUACUGAUUUUGAUUUAACGGGGCAAUUAGUGUGGCCCGGUGCCUUGCUGAUGAACAACUAUCUUUCGAAACAUGCUCACCUGCUUCAAGGAUGUUCUAUCAUUGAAUUAGGAUCUGGUGUGGGUAUCACUGGAAUACUUUGCAGCAAAUUUUGCCACAAAGUGGUGUUGACAGAUCAUAACGAGGAAGUUCUAAAGAUCCUGAAGCAAAAUAUACAGCUUCACUCAUCUCCUGAAUCCUUCGGAAAUUCUACUGGACUAGUGGCUGAGAAGCUUGAAUGGGGAAAUUCUGAUCAGAUAACCCAAGUUAUAGAUAAGUAUUCUGGUGGAUUUGAUCUAAUUCUUGGAGCUGAUAUCUGCUUUCAACAAUCAAGUGUACCCUUGCUUUUCGAAACAGCGGAACAGCUCCUCCAAGUAAGAGGAAGAGGAAAAUGCAAAUUCAUUCUAGCAUACGUAUCCCGAGCUAAGAUCAUGGAUGCACUGAUACUCGAUGAAGCUUCUCGGCACAGGAUGCAGAUGACUGAAGUAGCUGGAACUCGAUCUGUGGUUGGAAAUCUUCAAGGAGUCAUCUACGAGAUCACACUUAAAUAGGAGCUUUGGCGCACCAGGAAGAUUUUUGACUGGCAAAAAACCAUUUUGGAAGAGAUGGCAUAUGGCCUAAAAUUAUUAGACUUGUUCUGUUUGUCUUUUUACUUCGAGGCUGGAUGGCGAAACUUUUAUGAAAGAUAUCAGCCAAUGAGGAUUUGAAGGUAAAUUUGCUGUUAACUACAAUUUAUUGUCAAAAUUGACUCUCGAGUUCAGUAGAUCUCCGCAUUCUUCUCCGAGCUUUUGGUUUCUGCACAAGUUAUGAGAUGCUCCCACAGGCCAGUUUUUUUCCGACGCAUGUCAAUGUCAAAACCUUAGCCAAUCUAGUUUUACUUAUAGAUUUCUCCCUUCUCACUGUUCUAAAAUUUAAAAAGAUCCAAUGUGUUUGUCAACUUCCUUACUUUGGGUUAAAUUUCAAGUUUUGAUUCCUUAUGUU